UCUCAGGAGCGGUGGCGGGAAAAGAGGACCGUUGAAAGCGUUGGGCCGCCUCGCCAGCUGCAGUCCUGUUCCAGCUGCCGCGCCCGUUGCCGCGCUAUGCCCGCCGCCGGCUCCGAGCUGCCGCACCUGACGUCGCCGCCCGCCGCGCAGGAGCAGGGCGCCGAGUCGCGGCCGCCGCCGCCGCACGGGGAGCUGCAGUACUUGGGGCAGAUCGAGCACAUCCUCCGCUGCGGCUUUCGGAAGGAUGACCGCACGGGCACCGGCACCCUGUCGGUGUUUGGCAUGCAGGCGCGCUACAGCCUGAGAGAUGAAUUUCCUCUGCUGACAACCAAACGUGUUUUCUGGAAGGGUGUUUUGGAGGAGUUGCUGUGGUUUAUCAAGGGAUCCACAAACGCUAAGGAGCUGUCUUCCAAGGGAGUGAAAAUCUGGGAUGCCAAUGGGUCCCGAGACUUCUUGGACAGCCUGGGAUUCUCCACCAGAGCAGAAGGGGAUUUAGGCCCAGUUUAUGGCUUUCAGUGGAGGCAUUUUGGGGCCGAAUACAAAGAUAUGGAUUCAGAUUAUUCAGAUCAAGGAGUAGAUCAACUGCAAAAAGUGAUUGACACAAUCAAAAGCAACCCUGACGACAGAAGAAUCAUCCUGUGUGCUUGGAAUCCAAAAGAUCUCCCCCUCAUGGCCCUACCCCCGUGCCACGCCCUUUGCCAGUUCUACGUGGUGAACGGUGAGCUGUCCUGCCAGCUGUUCCAGAGGUCAGGAGACAUGGGCCUGGGUGUGCCCUUCAACAUCGCCAGCUACGCCCUGCUCACCUACAUGAUCGCACACAUCACGGGCCUGAAGCCAGGUGACUUUGUACACACUUUGGGAGAUGCACACAUUUACCUGAAUCACAUUGAGCCACUGAAAAUUCAGCUUCAGCGAGAACCAAGGCCUUUCCCCAAGCUCAGAAUCCUUCGAAAAGUUGAGAAAAUUGAUGACUUCAAGGCUGAAGACUUUCAGAUUGAAGGCUACAAUCCUCACCCGACUAUUAAAAUGGAAAUGGCUGUUUAGAGUGCUUUUGAAGGAGUUGUUUGAAGGAUAUUUACACCUAGGUGAAAGUUCAUUUUGCUCUAAAGGAGAAAGAACUAGGUCAAAACCUGUUGGUGACCUAUCAGUUAUUAUUCAUUAACUUUUAAGGAUGUUGCCACUGGCAAAUAGAACUGUGCUGGUUCUCUUAGUAAUAAAAGACCUGGAGUUAGGGUAACUCACUGAGGAUGUAUGUAAAUGUAGAGAUUGUGAAUAAAGACAGGAAAGAGAAAAUUUAUAUACUCUUAAUUCAAACUUCAUAAUGUUUUUAUGAAAAUGGUCAGUGAAUUUCAAGAAUUAUGUAUAACUAUUACCCCAAAUUGGAGCAAGCUGGAUAACACCAUCAGUUGUGAUAAUGCCUAAAGUUAUAUUUGUUUUA